AUGGUGGACUCUCCCAGGGAGGGGAAGCUGGCCCGGUCUCCGGACUUCGUCCAGCUGAUCGACAUGGCGUCCGAGUCCGUGGGAGGCAAGAUUUUGUUUGCAACAGAUGACUUUUUUGCUCCUGCAGAAAACCUGAUAAAGAGUGACAGCCCGCGGCUUGAAGAGCACAAAUACACUGAGUUUGGCAGGUGGACGGACGGAUGGGAGACCAGGCGCAAGAGGACGCCAGGUCACGACUGGUGCAUCGUCAAGCUGGGGGUCCAGGGCCUGAUCCGGGGCCUGGACGUGGACAUUUCCUACUUCACGGGAGGCUACCCCCCUCGGAUUUCAAUCCAAGCAGCAAACCUGGAAGAAGAUAAAGAGCCAGCGAUGCCCCCGAGAGGAGUCAGGAUGGGAGUGGCUGCCACCGCCGAGGAGCUGGACGCCGUCGCUAAGCUGCAGUCCAGAGACUGGGACUACUUGGUUCCCAGGACAGAGCUGAGACCCGGGAAGCCUGCUUCUGGCCACAACUACUUCCUGGUUAAUUCCCAGCAGAAAUGGACCCACGUCAGACUCAACAUUUUCCCAGACGGUGGGGUCGCGCGCCUCCGGGUGUACGGCGUCGGACACAAGGACUGGGCGUCCGCCGACCCCAAAGAGCCGGUGGACCUGGUGGCCAUGGCCAGCGGGGGCGCCUGCGUGGGUUUCAGUAACGCCCAUUUUGGGCACCCCAACAAGAUGAUAGGCGUCGGGCAGCCCGAGUCCGCGGCCGAUGGCUGGGUGACGGCGAGGAGGCCCGACCGGCCGCCCGUGCUGCAGAGCGACGAGACCGGCGCCCUCCUUGUCCUCGGCGGCGAGUGGGCUGUUUUCCGCCUCUCACACCCUGGAGUGGUGACCCAAGUGGAAAUCGACACGACGCAUUUUGAAGGCAGCGCUCCCGCCAGCUGCCGCCUGGACGGCUGCAUCCUCACGGCCCAGGAGGAGGAGGACAUGGCCCGGCAGCAGUGGGACCUGCCAGGCCACCGGUGGAAGGCGCUGCUCCCGGCCACGAAGCUCUCUCCCAACACAGCCCAGGUGUUCGACAGCCUGACGCCGGAGCUGCAGGACGUGGUCACCCACGCACGGCUCACCAUCUGCCCGGACGGGGGUGUCGGCCGCCUGCGGCUCAGGGGCUUCCCCAGCUCCAUCUGCCUCCUGCGGCCGCGGGACAAGCCCAUGAUGAGGUUCUCGGUGAAGGCGGGGUUCCGGUCCAGCCUGUAG